AUGGGACUGCUGAAGAACAUCGAAGUAACUCCUAGUCACCACUAUCGACGAAUUCUCGAUUGGAACUCACAUAUAUCCAAAGAACCAUUGGCAGAAUGCAUCCAUGACCUCAUUCAGAGAAGAUGCAUGGAAACUCCAGAUGCAGAAGCCAUCUGCGCCUGGGAUGGUACCAUGUCCUAUGCCGCCCUAGAACAGGAGUCAGCUAGGACCAUGGAAUGGCUGCAGCAUCACGGGGUUGGACCCGAGACAAUCGUCCCGCUGUUGUUCGAGAAGAGCAAAUGGACAGUAGUGGCCGUGUUGGGGGUACUCAAAGCUGGAGCUGCGUUUGUAUUGCUCGAGACUUCGCAUCCCAUUGAACGACUUAAAAGCAUCUGCCAUGAUAUUGGGGCCUGUAUCAUUUUGACUUCCGCACUCUGCAAAGAAAUCGGCUCGAAUCUGGCCGAUAUCACAAUUUCAGUCCCCUGCGAUGUCGAGCGAAAGCUACCAUACGGUGAGGGAAAGAUGAAACCUUGUAUUCGCGCUCAACCGAGAAAUGCGGCGUACGUGGCUUAUACGUCAGGAUCGACAGGGAAGCCGAAGGGGGUUAUCAUCGAACAUGCUUCGUUUUGCACCAAUGCGAUGGUCAGCUCCGAAGCUCAAAACCUGAACAGCUGCUCCAGAGUGCUACAAUUCGCAUCAUAUGCGUUCGAUGUUAGUAUCCAUGAAGCCUUGGUUCCUCUCAUUCUCGGAGGCUGUGUUUGUAUUCCCUCGGCGUCACAAAGGGUAAAUAGUCUCCAAGAAGCGAUUGUCCAGCUGGGUGUCAAUUGGAUGGAACUUACUCCCUCCGUAACUCGCCUUCUGAGUCCCUACAAAAUCCCCAAUGUCAAGACACUGGUCGUUGGGGGCGAGUCCAUCUCGCCGGCAGAGCUCGCCCGCUGGGCAGGUCACAUUCGUCUCAACGUGGCUUACGGUCCUGCGGAGUGCACCGUGGUCUCUAUGGUGCAAUCGAAUGUGACGAAACAUGACAAUCCGUUAUCUAUCGGUCGGGGAUGCGGGGGGUCCGUGUGGAUCGUGGAGCCACAGAACCACAACGUGCUGGUACCAAUCGGUGCACCGGGUGAGCUUCUCAUCGGAGGUCCCAUUGUGGGCAGGGGUUACCUGAAUCGGCCCGAACAGACUGCCGCUGUCUUCGUCCAAAACCCGCCGUGGCAAGCGGAAAGGAAUUCGCGCUUCUACAAGACGGGCGAUGUGGUGCGUCAGAAUUCCGACGGCAGUGUCGUCUUUCUAGGCCGCAAGGAUACGCAAGUGAAAUUGCGAGGCCAGCGUAUUGAACUGGGGGAGAUCGAAUAUCAGGCCUCGGGCUUCUUUCCUGGUGCUGCGGUGGCUGUGGAGGUUGGCAAGCUUUACCAUGGCCAUCCGGCUCUAGUUCUAUUUGUGGAAUGGAAGUCGUUGGAGAAUAGAAAAAGAUGCAGUGAGACAAAUUGUUGCCGGACCGUCCAAAAUGACAAAACUCAUUUUAUGUCCAAUGCGCAGUCGGCCAAGGUAGGGCUCUCGCAGAUAUUGCCUUCCUAUAUGGUCCCCGAUGUUAUAGUUCCCUUGUGUACUAUCCCUCUUUCACAUUCAGCCAAAGUGGACCGGAAGGCUUUGCGAGCCAUGAUACCCCGCUGGUCCAAGGACGAAGUGAAAUUAUACCAGGUCACAGCGAACUCCACUAGCUGUGGCCGAAACCCACAUCAUGCUGGGCACAAAUACGACGAAAUGGUUCAAAUGGUUGCUCGUGUACUAUCGCUUGAUCCGAGCGAGGUUAGCGAGCAUGAUAACUUCUUCCAGUUGGGUGGUGAUUCGCUGUCUGCCAUCAUGCUUUCGAGGGAGAAAGGCACCAUUCCAUUGCUCUCCUUAACAGUGGCGGAUAUUUUCCAAAGUGCUUCAAUAGCCGAGCUUUUUCAUCGCUCACAGAAGACGCCUCUGCCAGAGUCUAUGCAGCCUGGCAUACCUACGAAUGUUAUGCCAUUCUCCUUGUUGGACCCGAUGAAGAUCGAAAACUACAGGGAAUGUGCAGCACAGCAUUGCGGUGUAAGCCCAUCUCUCAUUGAGGAUAUAUACCCAUGCUCGCCGCUCCAGGCACGCCUCAUGGCCAGAACUGCCCGUCAGCCAGGUGCAUUUCAAGGGCAUUUCAACUUUCGCUUGUCCCCCAACACCGAUUGGGAGCGGCUGCACUGGGCUUGGAACAAAGCUGCCGAUUUCUUUCCUAUUUUGCGCACUAGAAUUAUCAGUACGUGGCAACUGGCUGGCGGCAAUCCUCUUCAGGUAGUCGUACGCGAUAAAGACAUCGAGUGGGUCGAAGUAGCAGCAAGCGAGAGCGAACCGAAGAGUCGCAUGUCAUUCGGUUCUCCCCUGAUCUAUUUUGUUGCAGUGCGUGCUAAGCACAGUCCCGUCCUGACCCUCAAUAUUCACCACGCAUUAUUCGACUUGGUCGUAUUCCAGCAGAUUCUCGAGGCAGUGGAAGCCGCAUACCAGGGCAAACCCCUUGUCUGGCGACCGUUUUCGCCGUUCAUAAAAUACGUUCAAGACCUGAACAGAUCUCAAGCAAAUGAUUUCUGGAAACAGGAAUUCACUGGUCUCCGGGCAGUUCCAUUUCCCGCGGACAUUACCCCUGGAAGGUCAAAUCUUGAUGCCAUCCGCUGGACUCGCAAAAGCUUUCGUCUCGGCCAUCAGAAUGAAGCAGGAAUCACAUUAUCUUCCUUGAUCCGUCUUGCAUGGGCCAUGGUGCUCUCGCAGUAUACCGGCUCUCCUGACGUGGUGUUCGGUACCACUGUCAUGGGCCGCAAUAUGCCUGGCACUGCAGAUGUCGGUGGGCCCACCAUCGCUACGUAUCCCCUCCGCAUUACUCUCCGGGACGAAGAAAGUAUCAAAGAAGCACUACAGAGGGUUCAGAACCAUGGCAUUGCCAUAGCCCCUUUCGAACAGUCUGGUAUUCAACAUAUCCGACACUCUAGCCCCGAGUCCGCCAUCGCCUGCAGUUUCCGAAACAUGCUAGUCAUUCAGCCGUCGUCGGAUAACAGCCUCCUGGCCAAGCGGGAAUUAUCACCAUUGUUGGUAUUGGAGGAAGGUGGGUCUUGGAAGCAGAAGUCGUAUGUGAAUUUCAGCACCCAGGCGUUGAAUGUUGUGUGCGAGCCGGGCGCCGGUCAUUUAGACGUGACAGCGUAUUUCGACCAAAGUAUCCUGUCGUCACAAGAGGUAGAAGAAAUGCUUACCUGCAUGGAUCGUCUACUCCAGCUCGUCUUGCAACACCCUGAUGCCUCAACGAGGACAAUUCUUUCUCAAAGCCAGUCUCCUGAUGGAGAUUUGGAUCGCUAUGAGGACCGCACAUCAUUGGCAAGAUUGGAACAAGCGGCUUGCCAGUAUCUGGGAAACGAGGUCCGGGUGGCCGCAGUGUGGAUUAUCCCCAUGGAAUCUCAUGUCCCCAAACUGGCGCUUUUUGUCGGUGCCAUGAGUUUGAAUACCGUAUCAGACGGUAGAUGGAUACUGGCGGGUGUGAAAGAGCCUCUACGUGCUCGCCUGGUUCAGAUGAUGCAUGAGUUUCAAAACAAUCCGCUCAGAAGAGCGGUUCCAUUCUACUGCAUUCCCGUGCCAUUGCAGUAUAGACCGUCCAUGCCUGGUCUCUUUCUUGACCGGGCUCGUGCACAAGAGGCUGCGUCGAAACUCACGUUGAAGACGUUGACAUCAUGGCAACAUACCGGAGAUUCUGGUUUCGAGGAGCCCUUGUUGUUUCUUGAGGCGACUUUGAGACGGGCUUUAGCUACAGUGCUAUCUCUGGAGCCUGAGGAAAUUGGGGUCAACGACGAUCUGGUUUCCCUAGGAUGUGAUUCACUUGUCGCCAUGCAGUUUGCCGCUCAGUGUGACCGACAAAGCUUGAGGUUAACGAUCUCAGAAAUCUUCCAGGCAAGCUCGUUAAGAUGCCUUGCGUCGACGCUGAAUAGUCGUCCGUCCGGUGACCCCACACCGGCAUUGGAAGCUUUUGCGUUGCUAAAGGCGAUAUACGGGGACCGAGAGUCAUUUGAGCAAGAUAUCCAAAGGUCUGUCGACGGGUGGAAUAUCAAAGAAUCAAUUGACGCAUUCCCAUGCACCACCGCCCACCUCGGGCUUCUUUCUGGACUUGGCACCUGUCAAUCCCAUACGAUCUGGGAGAUCGGGAGUCCUGACAAGCAGAUCGAUCUUGUAAGCUUAGCCAAAGCUUGGCUGAAGCUCGUGAAUCGCCAUGCAGCACUUCGAACCCUUCUCCUUCCCAGUCGUUCAAACCCUUCUGAGUGGUUUCACGUAGUGCUGAACUCAUCUCCCGUCAGUGCAAAAGUGGUAACCAAGUUGAAGAAUGCCAGGCUUUUGAAGGUUGCUAGGAAGCCUCUUCUAUUGAGAGAUGGUCUAGGGGGUCUUCCUUGCAGGUUCGCAAUCUAUCAAAGUACCACGGGAAGGACUCUCUGCAAGCUGGAGGGCAGGUAUGCCUUCCUCGAUGCAUUCUCAGUGCUAGUCCUCAUGAAGGAGCUUCGACAUAUUCUUGAUUGUCUUCCGACUUCUGAUCCAUUGCUGCCCUCCUACUCUUCAUGGGUUGCUUAUUUGCGUCGAUGGAGUGAAGAUCCGUUGCACCUACAAUUCUGGGAUCAAUACCUCGCUGGCAUCCAGCCUUGUAUUCUACGCGCAUCUCGAAAUCACCACCAUCACCAGUACGAAGGCCGCCAGCAUCAUGGAGCCAGUGAAACCAAUGGAAAUUACCCUCGCUUGAUAAAAUCACACCGCCAAAUUGUAGUACAAGAUACCGUCGCCUUACGCAAGUAUUGUGAUCAACGGGAACUUACCAUAACCAACAUCCUCCAGGUAGCCUGGGCGCUUACGCUGAAGGAGCAGACUGGGAUAGAGGACAUCUGCUUUGGAGCGCUGGUUUCGGGCCGCGAUGUGCCCAUGGAUCAUGUUGGUAAUAUCGUUGGAUCGCUCUUCAAUGUCCUCGCGUGUCGCAUUCAGAUACCGGCCACCGAUAGCGUCAGCUCCGUUCUUCUGGAAAAUCAACAGAUGAUGCGUGAACGAACUGCGCACCAAUUUUGCUCCCUACAGGAGGUGACACGGCUAGUGCUCAAGGCCGGGCCUGAGGCCUCGUCAUUAUUCAACACCUGUCUGUCGGUCGAGCAGCCGCUGUCGGAUGAGGCUGAAACAGGUAAGGGGUUUAGAGCGCUCGAAACUGUGGAAGAAACUGAGUACGACUUGAUUGUUGCUGCCACUGUAUUCCCGGGCAGGAUCGAGGCCAACAUAAUGUAUUGGUCUUACUUUUGCGAUUCAGCCCGUGCUGCUACAGUUGCGGAGACAUUUGCCCAGUCGAUUGAACGUAUCAUUUUUAGUGUGAGGAGCUAG